AGUGACACACUCCUCCCGUCAGCGGCCAAAAAGGAAGAGACCCAUCUUCCUCCUCGCGUCAAACCACAUAUCCACCUCGCCGCCGCCGCCGAGAGGCAAAUCCGCGCUCACGUAUCCAGCAGCAGCAGUAGAGCACAGAUCCAAUGCAUUAACCAUCCAACCAACCACCAAAUCCAAGCUGACAAUCCAUUUCAGCGGCACGCCGGAGGGGAAUCAAGGAGGAGUUGUGGGGAGUCGGAUCCAAUCGGGCUGUCGGCGGCGCUCCCCGUCCGUCCAGAUCGACGGCCACGCGCGGGAGGUAGGGAGCGGAGCGCCGGAGGAGCCGCGGCAUGGGAGCAGAAGGCCGCCGCUCGAUUGAUUCGACCUAGGGUUUCAGUCAAUCCCGACCAUGGAGUCGCCGCCGCCCGAGCUCAUCGUCGGCGAUGACAGAAUCAGCGCGCUCCCCGACCACCUCCUCCUCGACGUCCUCGAGCGACUCGACCUGCGCGAGGCUGUCCGCGCCGGCGCACUCUCGACGCGGUGGCGGCGCCUCCCCAACCACCUCUCGCGCGUGCACCUCAACGUCGGUCAAUUCCAAGGCGCCACGCCGCUUGAGGCCAUGGACGCGUUCGUGGGCGCCGCGCGGGCGUUGCUGGCUGUGGUUUCUCCGGCCGAGGGUAUGUGCGAGCGUGGGGCCCUCAAGGUCCUCGCCCUUGAAUUCUACAUCUCUUCCCCUCACUUGAGCUCCAUAGGCCGCCUUGUCGAGGACGUUGUGAGCUCCGGCCUGACCGAAUGCCUUGAGUUUUGCCUAUCCCCGGCGCCAUCGAGCUGCGCCAUCCUUCUGCUCGCCGGGAUUGGGCAGCAGUUCAUGUCCUUCUCCCGUGCCUAUCCGGUCGCCUUCUCGUGGCUCACAAGGCUCACACUCAGGAGACAUGCCUUUGGAAAUUCCGAUGUCACGGACCUCAUUAACGCCUGCGCUAGGCUUAGGCACCUCACCCUGAAUUGCUGCAUGAGGGUUGAUAGGCACUCCGCACUCAAGAUUGACGUCCCAUCCUCUGGGAUCCAGGAGCUCGAGUUCUCCUCCGUUGCGUGCACGCGCAUUGAGCUCAUUUCUGUCCCUAAGCUUAGGCAAGUGGGGUGCGAAGGUUGGCUCUUCAAUCCUCCGGUGUGCUUUGGCUACGUUCCUGAGCUUCGCGUUGUAAAACUCUAUUCUAAAGCCAAGGCAUGGCAGCGGGUGCCAUUCGCGCUGAGCGAGUGCCUGUCAAGGAGUGCAACGAACCUCUUGAAAUUGCAUCUUGACUUUUUGCACCAAAUGAUUUGGAUUCAGCCAGAACAUCCGAAGCAGCUCACUGCUAUAUUCAGAAACCUCACCUCUGUGUUUCUUUUGGGUAUCUUCAGUGAGUGUGAUCUGAACUGGACAUUGUUUUUCCUUGAAGCUGCACCUGCCCUACAGAAUAUUGCAUUAUCUCGACAUUCAUGUAUCAAGACGCCCCAGCACAGUGCCGAGAAGACGAACGUGGUGUGGGAGCCAUCCAAAGAUUUGAAGCACCUGAACUUGAAGGUGCUGCUGAUCGACGGAUGCGAGGAUGAAGACAAGGUGACAAACUAUACAAGGCUUGUCAUGGAACGAGCUGUGGGGUUGAAGAGAAUCAUAUUGCGUGGUCAACUCCCAUGCGAGGACUGCAAUGCCAUCGACCCAGAGUCUUCGCUGAGAAGAUCUCAGGUUGAUGAAGCUAGCAGGCAUCGGAUUAAGGAGCGACUCACAUGUGGAUCCUCUUCGUCCGUGGACAUAAUAAUCUGUUGAUGGGCAUAGUCAAGGAAUUGUAAGUCCCAUAAUGCCUGCAGCUGCUAGAGUAAUGACUCUGUAUGAGGCGCAGUCAGUCGUAAUUCUAAUUUUUAGUUAUCCGUAGAGAGGGAAUACUUGAUUCAUUCGAGUGGACCUCGCAGUUUAGGUGAAUUAUGUCUGUACUGCAAUCUGGAUGCCCUCUUUUGUUUAUCAAUGUACUGGGAAAUUGCCUAGUGUAUGCUGAUCUGUUCACCUACUUGUGGCAUCAUUCAAAUUCUCAGACCUGUUGAGGCUCUGUCUUUUCA